CACGGACAAUACAGACGUAGAGGAUAAAGUUAACCUAGGAAAUGUUGGAUAUUAGUGGGUAAUUAGGACGUGUAACAGAUAGUCCACAGGUAUCUCUCUUCACAGGCUCAAACACACCGCACCGACCAGGAACACGCAUUUUCAUUAUUUUGGAAAUCUAAUUCGGAACUUUUAGAUUGGUGGAAAAACUACGAAAUGUGAAAAUGGAUUGUUUCAGAAUAUAAAUUCUGGAUCGUUUUUAAUUUGAAUGUGGACAUUAAGCGGAACAAUAAUUGUUUGAAAAUACCACUUGUAGGAUGACUCUAGAACAUCUCGUUUAGAAAUGUAGUAAAACUGGGUACAUCAUUCCACGAAGUAUAAAAGAUUCAAAGAAGUGCUUUAAAACAAAUAUAAAAACAUAAUUAUAGACGGAUUAUUUUAUCAUUAUUUUGUGUUAUUAACUUAAUUAAAAUGAGCGAAAAGGAUUACAGCGAUGCCGAGGAUCUCACGUACAAACCAGACCGAGAGGCUGUCAGUAGGGCAAUUCACGAAAAGACGGAGCAAGAUUCUGGUGACGAAGAAAUAGAUGUGGUAGAUGAUAAUGACAAUGACUCCUCAGACAGAGGAUAUGACAACGAAGCAUUUUGUGAUGGCGAUGCGGAUGACGAUCUAUCGGCUUCAUUGAAGAAGCAAAGACGGAACCGGACCACAUUUACUGCGGAGCAGCUCCGGGAGCUGGAAGCGGUGUUCACGCACACACACUACCCCGACUGUACACUACGGGAACAGAUCGCAGAGAAAGUGGAACUCACAGAAGCAAGGGUGCAGGUAUGGUUCCAGAACCGAAGAGCGAAAUGGAGAAAACAAGAAAAAAAUAUAGUGCGCAUGUUCGAUGUCUGGAGACACCGUCUUGAACCAUAUCACGUGACACCACCUGCAUUUUCUCCAGUUGGAUAUAGUCCGUCAGCGUUCUCUUCCGUUCGCAGCAGCAUGUUUCCAUGGUUACCCCGACUUCCUUUAAAUCUUCCGCCAGUCCUUCCACUUCCGACGUUUCUACCGGAAGGCACGUCACCAUAUAGAGGUGAAAUCCCUCCACUUUCGUCCGUCAAACAAACCAUGGACAUUUCACAGCGGAAGCAUUUUGAAUCUUACGCGAGGGACUACUUACAUAGGUUUACGACAGAGAGCAGAGAUCGCUACGCCAGGGAACAGCUUAACAGACGGUCUCCUCACGUGCAUUCGACGACGUCAUCAGCGCCAACGAGAAUAUGAAAUGAUCACUAAUUGACUUUUUUUUUUUGAAUGUAACUUUGUUUGAACUAUGCAAAUCAUUUAAAAAUCAAUUAUUCAUAUUCAUAGUUGUUAACGACCGCAAUUUCAAUUGAUUUUGAAACACAUAUAAUUCAAUUGGUGGAUGAUACCAUAAUGUGUUUUAUCAGAUAAACAUGUGCUCACUGUUGGAACAAAAUAUUUCCACGAUGGUCCCUGUAUAGACCCAACGAUAAUUCAAAGUUUCUACACUUCGAAUCAUAACGGAAAUACUUCGUUCUCAUUAAACUUAAAAAACUAUUCAUCGUGACCCACUACAGCAAACUAUCAUUCGUCUUUCACCUGCGGAACCCAAGGGUUGCAAUCUUGAUAGGUUUAUUACGCGGAACCCUUGGAUUUUGAAGGUGUCUGGUGUCAUCGAUUCAGCAUUUACAUUCUGAUCUCAUUCUUCCGGAAAUAGUCUGAUUUUACGUUAUGGUUGAUCCUCCAGGAAUUAGAAAGUAGAUAUGAGGCGGACUUAUGACGUAGAUCGUCAUUCCACACCGUCGUGUGUAGUAUAGUAGAUGUCAGUGUAUUUAAGAGUUUGGUAUAUUUAUACAUGUAUAUAAUAUAAUGACCAAAAACAGUGUGAAGAUUUAAUCACCUUACCUGUGUAAGAUAAUUGUCAACUUCAAUAUAUGUUUUCUUUAUUUUUGUCGUAAUUGUUAAAUAAUUUCAAAUGACAAUUUCAUGUUCCUGCAGUGGAAAGUGAUUGAGUGAAGAAAACAAUAAAUAACCCCCCCCCCCCCCCACCUCCCCCUCCUUUCCGAAGCCUAAGGAACUUCAUUAAUACCAUACAAUUGAAUCUCGUUAUAACAAUCUUUAUUCUGACAAAUUAAAUCGCUUCCUGUAAGGAACAAUGUUGUAGCAGUCCAGAUUGAUGAGGAAUGUAGAGGAACCAAGUUAAAGAGAAAACAUGACAGGCUGAUGUUUCAUAAGCCAAUCGUAGAUUAGGAGGCCAGACGUCAAAUUUUUGAGGGGUGUAUGUAUUUUCAUGAUACUGCUGGAUACCUCACAUUGAUCAUCGGUUUGACUUCAUUUCAUUUCAUAAAUGUUUUUUUUUUAUGUAAACAAUAUGCAAAUUUCACGUGACUUUAAUUUUUAUUGUAUGGUAUAUAUGUGAAAUAAAGAUUUAACAGAUGUAUGACGUUUUGAAUAUAUUUGAUGUCACUAUAAAGUUCAUCUUACGAUACAGACAUGGAUCCCAUCGUAACAUCUCGUCCAAUUCCGUCAAGGCUCGUGGGCUGGAGGAUCAUUUUUGAUGACCUUAAUUUUGUUGUAUGAAUACAAGUUAAAUCUGUUUCAUGUAAAAGACUAUAUUUAUCGGAACACCCACUUUCGUUUUUAUUGUUUAGAUAUUAUUUCCGAGGAGGACUUACAGUAAAAAGUGGGAAUAUGUGUAUUUUUCUAAGGGAAACUCUGUAUAUACAAUUACGAUGUGUAAAAUUCUCCCUUGGAAGCACCUUCUCCAUCUAUGUAUGUCUGAUUUUAUUAAAAAUAAAUACAGUUGAGGAAAUAGUCUUAGUCCAGUUCAUGAAGUAUGACAACGUUACACGAGUUACCUCCCUUACAGCAGCAUGAAUUACAGCUCAACUGCGCCAAUGAGCUUCCGGUGUCCGUUGUUAAUCCCCUAGUGUUUCCCUAUAUUUGCUGCAAUAUCCAGGUGAGCGAUACAGGCCCUCUGGGCCUCUUGUUAGGUCGCCUGAGACGGAUCCUCGAGUAAAAGUUUUCGUCAUUAGUUAACAUUUUUGACACACCUGGUACCCAAAACACCUGAACAAAUUUUAAUGGAAUUUUGUUGAAGCGUUUCAUGACCAAAGGUCAACCAAAAUAGUGAAUUAUAUAGUUCCCCCUCUGGAGGCUAAUGACUGAAAUUUAAUUUCAAAAAUCUUCUCAAGACCAUCAAAUACUCUAUAGGUCGACAGGUGCGAAUUUCAUGACCCUGAGGUCUCAGGUUUCCCCUGUAGCGAGAAGGUAAAAUUUACUACACGAUACAUAGGGGAAUAAUAUUUUGGGUCAAUAUUUGUUUAAUUUCCAUUGGAAUUAAUUCAAAAUUUUCAUUUUGGAAUCGCAGUUUGUGAUUAAGAGACAGUCAACACCCCCAAGAUAUCUUUAGAAGGAAAGACAGUUUGUGGGAAGUCAUAAAAAGUCAAAACGGAGAAGCCCUCUUCAUUGAUACCGUGCUUGGUACUGGUUGAAGUAAGAGGGUUUUUUCCGGUUUCCAGUGCCCGGGCUAUGGAAUUUGUUAUUUAUCUCAAAAACGGAUAAUAUAAAAAAUUUCUGUAGAGAUAAAAUCUAACAUUUAAUCUUUGACAAGGCCUUGUUGAGAUAAAAAUAAAGUUCUGUGAUUGUACUCGUCAGUUAUUUGAUAAAUGCAAAAUAGUACAUUUCUUACUAGACACCAAAACGUCACAGGUAGCCAUUUAUCUGCGUUUCCUAUGCUUCUACAUAUCGAAGAAACACGUGCUAGUGCUGAAGCGAAACACAGUGUAUGAUAUACUCCACAACACCACGUCUAUUCAUCGUACACCGGAUAUAGCUACUCGCGAAGCGAACAACGAAUUCCGAACAUGUUUCCAAAUUGAUAUCGAGACAAUACAUGCAUAUCAAUCGAAAUUAAAUGAAAACUAAGAGAUGUUCAUGCACAGUUAAGAAUUUUAUCAUACAAAUUCUGAACAUCUGGUGUAUUUACCCUCUUAACUUUUAUUUGUUUACACGGUAUACAUGAUACAUGUGGCGUUUGGCGCGA